AUGGACAUUUUGUAUUAUAACUGGUCAGGGGAUGAGGUUAUGCUUAAUGUUGUCCGAGAUAAGGUUAUGGUCGCUAGUGUUAAAUUGGCUAUUAAAGUUGGGACAAAAGAAAUUGACUUUCCAGCGAACUACUCGCGUUCGGCCAACCUUUCCCGGAGUGGUUCUGCCUUCGAAACUGAAGUAGCCGGCGGUAGGGACAUCUCAGCAUCAUCUACUCCACGAGUCAACACCCUCCACAAGACCUGGAGUUGCCCCUUGCAGGAUGACUUCUAUCUCGGCGUCCGAAUGACUCAUCCACAAAAUGAACGGGCUCUUCGCCAUUGGCUGGAAUCCCCCGGCCACCUCGGCGUCACCAGCCAACCUCUGAUGCACGAGUAUGCAACGGAUGAAAGCAUUUCAAACCUUUCAAGACCCCUGAAUGCGGAACGCUAA